GUCAACAGACUGCAUAACUGGUUUCCACUAGUGACCCCGAAACGGCUUUUGAAUGACGAAAUCUCUUCCAAUAUGGGAGGAUUACAAUCAUGACCAUCUACCUGCUAUCGAGACAGCACGCGUACCUCAUCGACGUCCAAGCGCUCCAGCGCCGGGCUUUGCGUACCCAGAUCCCGAACGGGGGACUCACCCUGCGAAGGGUCCUCGAGUCCCAGGAGCGACGCAAGGUGCUUUUUGAUGUCCGGAACUAUCUAGACGCCCUCUACUUCCACUACGGCAUUCAUCUUUGUGGGGUAGGUGAUGUCCAGUUGUAGCUGGC